AUGUCUAGCAUCAAUUCAUCAGCUGUGCUGUCCUCAACUGGUAUUGCAGCUGCUGGGAGGUUGGGGGAUUUCAUAAAGUGGCCUGCAGCUGCAGAUAUUCAGAGGUUUUUUUUUACCAUCGCAGGUUUUCCUGGCAUAGUUGGUAUUACUGACGGGACUCACAUCCGCAUCACAGCACCAAACGCCCAUGAAGUACAAUUCGUAAAUAGGAAAAACUACCACUCAAUAAACCAGGGGUUUGUUGUGGACAACAAAUGUAAUUUCACUCAACUAAAUGCCAAAUGGCCAGGGAGUACUCACGACUCCAGGGUGCUCAGAGAGAGCUCAUUAGCCAAUGUUUUUGAACGAGGGCAGGGCGAAAAUGAAGAAGUUUACCUGUUAGGCGACACGGGUUAUCCCUCAAAACCAUGGCUGCUCACACCGUUCCUUCAACCAGGCAAUCGCCCUGAAGCACGUUACAACGGAGCUCACAGUCUGGUUGAACGAACCAUCGGUCAAUGGAAGCGACGGUUCCACUGCCUGCACGGUGAAAUAAGACUGUCACCGGAACGUACGUGCAGGGUAAUUGCAGCGUGUGCAGUACUCCACAACAUCGCAAAGCAACAAGGCUUCCCGGACAUUGAUGAGGACGAUCCGAUGGAUGACCCUCCAAAUCCACAGCCAGACCAACCAGCACAGCUGCAUGACAACGGCGACCUUGUCCGAAAUCAUAUCCUACUAGACUUAGACACAGUGCAGAGGCGAAAUGAGGAAACUAACCGCGUGUGGCGCCUAGCGCACGGCACCCAGACUGAUUGCCAGACUUUAUCCGUUUAA